AUGAUGAUUUCGAUAAGAGACACUUUACAGUCUACAGAAGAUGUAAAGAUUGCUCAACGCACUCAAAGAAUCUGGUCCAGUGAUACAGGAAGAAACAAAGACUUUUUACCAGAUGAGGUGUUGCUGACCAACACCGGACCUCGCCAGGAACUGCGUUUGCUGCCGGGCGGUUCUCCUCGGGUUGUCAGAGUAUCUACAAUGGAUUGGAUCAACGUCUCUCGAUGUCUUCACAAAAUGGAAGAAGAAGUAGAGCCAAUAAGGAGAUACUUCAAUAGCACUGAGGAGUACCUUGCCUUUUUAUAUGGACCAAAACGGAGCCCCCUCUUCCUGCCUAUGUCUUGGGUUUAUGCUAUGAUCUUCAUAGUUGGAGUGUCUGGCAACCUUUUAGUGUGCCUUGUGAUUCUUAAGCACAGAAACAUGAAAACUCCCACUAACUACUAUCUCUUCAGCCUCGCUAUUUCAGACUUGCUGGUCUUACUCUUGGGGAUGCCCUUGGAAGUCUAUGAAAUGUGGAGCAACUACCCCUUCUUGCUUGGACCAGUUGGCUGUUAUUUUAAAACAGCGCUCUUUGAGACUGUAUGCUUUGCCUCCAUCCUGAAUGUCACUACAGUGAGUGUAGAGAGAUAUGUGGCUAUCCUUCACCCCUUCCGAGCCAAGCUGAAGAGCACAAGACGACGUGCUGUGAGGAUCAUCAUUGCCCUUUGGCUCCUGUCUGUCCUCUUUUCUCUUCCCAACACCAGCAUCCAUGGCAUUGUAAAGCAAUAUUUUCCAAAUCAAACAGAGGUUCCUGGCUCUGAGACAUGUGCUGUGGUCAAGCCCAUGUGGAUCUACAACUGUAUUAUCCAGCUAACCUCUUUUCUCUUUUAUGUCCUGCCAAUGAGUGUCAUCAGUGUGCUGUACUGCCUGAUGGGGCUGAAACUGAGAGGAGACCGCUCCUUGGAAGCAGAAGAAAUGGGAAUGAAUGUUAAAAGACCAUCCAGAAAGUCUGUCACUAAGAUGCUAUUUGUCCUAGUAAUUGUUUUUGGAAUAUGUUGGGCUCCAUUCCAUAUGGACCGACUUUUCUACAGUUUUGUCGAAAAUUGGACAGAACCUCUUGCCAACAUUUUCAACUUAAUCCAUGUGGUAUCAGGUGUUUUCUUCUAUCUAAGUUCUGCUGUAAAUCCCAUAAUCUACAAUUUACUAUCCAGGCGUUUUAGGAUAGCUUUCUUGAGUGUCAUCUCUCCUCAGUGCAAACACUGGAAUCCUAGACAUACAACCAGCCGCCUCCCACCCCAGAGGAGUAUUUUCAUGUUGGGGGAGCGAAACACCAUGGGAUCUGGUGAAGACAGAAGCCCCCCAUGUCUACAUCGGUCAUCUGUCUGCAGUUCUCAUCUAUCUAGUGGCCUGUGA